AUGCUGGCGCCGUCGAGGCCUGCGCAGGCCCUGCGUCAGUGCGCCCCGCUGGCGCGCUCCAGGCCAAGCCAUGCGCGUGCAAGCAGCCGACUGGAAGGGCUCCGCAGCAGCACCCCGGCGGCUGCGGGGCUUGUGCUUGCAGCGGCAGCUGCGGCCAGGCGCGGCCAGCGCCGGUCUGCCUGGGUGCUCGCGCGGGGGGGUGAGGAGGCGGAAGCCAAACCUGACGCGCCUCAAACGUUUAACACUGCCGUGGGGGGCCGGCUUCGCUUGAAGCAGAUCCUCGAGGCGCCAGACGGCGGACGCUCCCUGAUCGGCCAGAAGGUGGUGGUGUGCGGCUGGGUCCGCACGGUGCGCGCCCAGAAGAAGUGGGCCUUCCUGAAGGUGAACGACGGGACCACAGUGCAGGAGCUGCAGAUUGUUGUCGUGGCGGAAGCCGAGGGCUUCGAGGCCGUCUGCGCCCAGGGCACCGGCGCGUCGGUGCGGGUGGAGGGGGAGGUGGUGGAGUCCCCGGCCAAAGGCCAGGCCGUGGAGAUCUCUUGCAGCAGCGCCGAGCACCGGGUCGAGGUGCUGGGAGCCGUCGAGUCCAAGGCGUACCCGUUGGCCAAGAAGAAGCACAGCAUCGAGUACUUGCGGGAGAUCGCGCACUUGCGACCAAGGUCGAAUCUCAUCGGAGCGGUGAGCCGCGUGCGGAGCAACCUGGCCAUGAGUACGCACCAGUUCUUCCAAGACAGAGGCUUCCUCUAUGUGCACACGCCCAUCAUCACCACUGCGGACUGCGAGGGUGCCGGCGAGAUGUUCGAGGUGGCUUCCCAGGGGCAGGGUAAGGGCGAGAGCGGCUUCUUCGGACGCCCUGCCUAUUUGACUGUCAGCGGCCAACUGGCUGUAGAGAACUUCUGCUGCGGCCUGGGGGAUGUCUACACCUUUGGUCCCACCUUCCGCGCGGAGAACUCCAGCACCACUCGGCACCUGGCCGAGUUCUGGAUGAUCGAGCCGGAGAUGGCCUUUGCCAACUUGACGGACGACAUGGACUGCGCGGAGGCGUACAUCAGGUAUUGCCUCACCAACGUCUUAGAGAAGUGCAAGUCGGACAUGGACUUCUUCAAGCUCAGGGUCGACAAGGAGGUCCAGGACCGCCUGGAGCUGAUCGCCUCCAAGCCCUUUGCAAGGCUCACCUACACAGAGGCGGUUGAGGUGCUGCAAAAGCACGUGGAGAAGGGCGAUGUCAAGUUUGAGUUCGAGGUUGUCUGGGGCAAGGAGCUGCAAACGGAACAUGAGCGCUUCCUCACAGACGUGGUGUACAAGGGCCCUGUCAUCGUGUACAACUACCCGAAGGAUUGCAAAGCCUUCUACAUGCGUCUGAAUGAGGACGGCAAGACCGUGGCUGCGAUGGAUAUCCUGUGCCCAGGCAUCGGGGAGCUGGUGGGUGGCUCUCAGCGCGAGGAGCGCUUGGAGGCUCUCCGGUGCCGGUUGGGAAGGGCGCUGCGAGUGUGUUUGUUCCCUUUCUUUGCAUGGCUUCUGGUUUGGGAAUGUUUGGGGUGCCUGCUCUUGAUGUUUGUGUUUUGUAGGUGCGAUCCCGGGAGUGUGGCAUCCCACGUGGGAGCUCAAACUUUGCGAGUGUCUAUGCCUUGA